AAUUUAAAGAACGAAGCAGAGGUGACAGAAAUAUCUCAUUCAACAACCCCAAACCCAGGUCAGGAACCUAACAUGGAGUCAGAUGCCGCUAGCACAACAGUUUCAAGUUGGUCAGAAAGAAUGGACUUAGAACUCUCAAUGGGUGGAGAUUUAACUGACACAAGAGAAGAAGCCACAAACACGCUAAACAAUAAACAAUUUGCU